GAGUCCCGGGGGACCUCCUUCAGAAGGAUUCUGGGAACAUUCUUCAGCUGAUCAUCUCUGCUUACGAAGAACUGCGGUCUGAGGUGGAACUGGAAGUAUUAGGGGACACAGAAGGACUCAACCUGUCUUUCACAGCUAUCUGUAACAAUGGCAUCAUCUUCCCACACCAAAAGAAAUGUUCCCAUAUGAAAGUCGGAGACACAGCAUCCUUCAAUGUGACUGUGAGCAUAUCCAACUGCGAGAAACGAAGCAGGAACCUUAUCAUAAAGCCUGUGGGGCUGGGGGACACCCUGGAAAUACUCGUCAGUGCAGAAUGUGACUGUGACUGCCAGAGAGAAGUAGAAGCCAACAGUUCUAAGUGCCACAAUGGGAAUGGCUCCUUCCAGUGUGGGGUGUGUGCCUGCAACCCUGGCCACAUGGGUCCUCACUGCGAGUGCAGCGAGGAUACGGUGAGCACAGAUUCCUGCAAGGAGUCUCCAGGUCACCCCUCAUGCAGCGGAAGCAUCUACGGACCCUACUGCCAGUGCGACAACUUCUCCUGUCUGAGACACAAAGGCCUACUCUGCGGAG